AUGGCACGUGGCACCCGUCGCAAGUCUCUGCAAAUCGGAAGGAUCGCGUCCAUCGACGAACAGACUAUCGAAGACCUUCAAACGCUCCGCGAUCUUUAUUUCCGGCCAAACAAAAAUUCCCAAAUCAGUGUCGAAAUCAAACCAAAUACUGCAUCUAGCCAGAAACAAGGGUUGGAUGGAGAAGAAUCUGGGGAACCACCGUCGCAAAAGAAGGUCAACGGAGAUGGAACACGGGGAAAUGAGCUUCCAGAAGAGAGAUACCAGGAGACCGGUCAGCAGCAUUUUCAUGGUCCCUGGAUAAUAGGGCCGAAUUGA